AUGGAUGCUAAAGUUAAUGAAGCAUGGAACUCUUGUAAGAAGCUAAGAGAAACUUAUGAAACGGGAAUUGAAAGUUCACAACAAGAAUUGUUAAAAUGGUUACAAAAAAUUAAUAAAACAAUUCAUCAAGGGAAUGAGAAUAUUAUUCAAAAAGAAAACUUUGACAUGCUACCUCAAGAAAAACAGGAAAGUCUAAAAUGUCUGGAAGAAAAAAUGGUUGAACUGCAAAAUAUGAUCGAACAAAAACUUUCAAAAUCGACUCUCGAAGGUUUAUUUAAUUACGAAUUUUCUCAAAUAAAAGAACUUUCUCAAAAUUCUGCUGACGAAACGACUAGGGAUGACGCAUCUGAAUUAGAUUUAAUGUAUGAAAAUGUUCCUUUGAAUUUACGUCAAGACAAUCGAGACUUACGUGAGCAAUUAUUGAAAAAGAUAAAAUUUAAUAAAAUUAAAAUUCGUGAAUUAGAGGAAUCGAUCAAACGUAUAAAUAGGUAA